AUGCUUCCCGUUUGUAUCGCCCAGGGCGGCCCGCAUCUGCUGGUCGAGAUGGUCAAGGCUCUGCGUAUACGUGGCUUAAGGAUGGAGGGCCAUUGCCGAGUGCCAGGCCGCAUCCCCAAGGUUCAAGAAAUCACACCGCUGGCCGAUUCCGUAAGUCACCUACCUCAUUAAUCCUAUGCAUGCAAUGAAACAUCCUGCAACAGAUAAUAUUAAGCUGACUUACCCUUAGGUGUGUGUGUGUGCUAAUAUGCAGAUUCGCACAUGUUUGCAAUUUUAGAAUGUAAGUGAGCUGUGUGACCGUCUGGUGUGGGACGAGGAGGCUUUUGAUGGUCGGGCAAUAUCGUCAGCCAUCAAGCGCUACCUGGGCGCUCUGCCUGUCAGUCUUCUGAAUGCCAACAUGUUUGCCUUCGUUGUGGCGGCGGGGGCGGAGACGGGUAGUGCGACAGAGAGGGUUAGCCGGUCUCUGCGGACACCGGCAGGCCUGACAAGUGCAUUAUGCCAAUUGCGAGUAGCCCUCGUGAAGGCCUUUGGCUGCCCUGUCAAUGUCACAGCUGAGGACCGAGAGGGAGGUUGGUGCCUCGCUACGCUGGACUAUGUCAUGCGCCACCUCCGGGAGGUUGUGGCCCUUCAGGCCAUCAACCGCAUGUCCCCUCGUGCGCUGGCAUUGUGCCUCGCACCCUGUCUCUUUGGCUCCCCAGAGUAUGCCAGGCCGCGCCAUGCCCGCGUAGUUGAGUACCUCUUUGAUUGA